CUACCUGCGCGUCAGUCUUUACGCAUCGUCUGAGGGGAUUGGACGCGGCUCUCCAACAGUUACUCCUACUGCUUCGCGACUGCUUCUCCAACUGCUUCCACACUGCUCCUCUACUGCUUGCAAUGUCGAGGAUCCAAAGUGCAGUGCUCCUGCUGUGUGUUUUCUCUGCCGUGCAGUGCCAGCAAUUGUUCGUGAAACAACUCCACACGCUACACCAGUGGACGAAUCUCAGUUCGAGCCAUCAGUUCCUGCCCGUGGAUGUGGACAUUGAGUACGGCGAUGAGGGCAGGCAUCGCACUUUUCUCACCAUUCCACGGCUGAGCCUGGAAACGCCCUUCACCCUCGCCACUGUGUUGGCCAGUGACAACGAGCUGGUGGAGAAUCCACGCCUGGAGGCAUACCCCAACGCGGAGUGGCACCUACCACCGAAUAAUUGCUCCGGCAUUACCUCUGCCAUCAGAACAUUUAUCGAUGAAUGCUGGCGCCUUUGGGUGGUCGACUCGGGGCAGGUGAACUCCCUGCAGCUGUGCCCCCCUCAGAUACUCACCUUCGAUUUGGUCAAGGAUGAGCUGGUGCAGCGGCACACCUUGCCCCCCAAUGCGUACACGCCCCGCGUCUCGAUCUUCACAGCUCUGGUGGUGGAUCUGGCGGAGAGUGGGGCGCCCAACAAGUGCCUGGGUGGCAAGGCGUACAUAGCCGAUGCCUGGGGCUAUGGCCUCAUCGUCUACGACUCACUCACGGGCAAGUCGUGGCGCAUAGAGCACGAGUCGAUGAAGCCGUCGUCUGUGGAGCGUCUCGCACGUUCCAGCAACUCGCACGCGGGCAUAUUCACGGUGAGCCUGAGUCCCAGCGAAGUGGAAGAUCGAUUUUUGUACUUCCACACUCUGAAUGGCUUCAAUGAGUUUGCCAUUCCCCUGUCGCUGGUCAACAAUGAAACCGUUUGGCAGUCUGCCAACUCAAGCGCAGUCAAGGAUCAGUUCCGCGUACUCGGCACACGGGGCAUCCAGUGCGAAUCGGAGGUCAUGGAUAACUCUGGAAAUCUUUACUGCAGUCUCAUCAGCCUGGGCGCUCUGAUUAGCUGGAAGGAGCACUCAAAUUACACGGCGGAUGACCUGCGGGUCGUGGCCUACAAUCCGCAGAAGAUCAAGUUCGUCACUGGCCUCAAGAUCAACCGAAAUUCCAAGGGCGAGGAGGAGCUUUGGGCCCUGAGCAGCGAACCGAAACUUUUUGUGGGCGGCACAUUGCGUGAGAGUGAGGUCGAGUUUCAGAUAAUUGGCUGUCGCACGGCUGACCUGCUUGCCAAUACUCCGUGUACGGUGGGCGCUGCGGAGACCCCGCCCAUCCCAGUUUAAUUCAAGUAGUGUUUAAUUUUGAAAAGUUUCAAACUGUAUCGAUAAGAAGUAGCGAUAUCUCGCCUUUAACAUGCUACCGCGUCAAAGCUGACUGCUAUGGCACUCGCAAUGGUUAGUCGGUUUUACCGGGAUUAGACUUUUUUUGUUUGAAACUUCAUUUGCAAGCAAUCCAAUAAAAAGAA